AUGAUCCCCCUCCUCUCUCCAGCGUUGGCUGGGUCUAUUGCAGAUAUCGAGCAUGUCGUCCUCUUCAUGCAAGAAAAUCGAGCCUUCGACCACUACUUCGGCUCAAUGGCUGGUGUCCGUGGCUUCUCUGACCCCAAUGUCCAAGUCAAUUCAGACGGCAAGCCAGUGUGGCAGCAAGCUGCCAACUCAGCUCUCACAACAAACACAUCUUACCUUUUGCCAUGGUACCUCAACUACGAGGGAGGAAGUUUUCUCAAUGCAACCCAAUGCAUGGUAGCCGGCAAUAAUGGCUGGGAGGACAACCACGCUGCUCUGAACGGCGGCCUAAACAAUCACUGGGCAACUAACAACACCCCCUGGUCUUGGGGCCACUUCAAACGAAGCGAUAUCCCAGUUCAAUAUUCCAUCGCUGAUGCCUGGACCAUCGGAGACAUGUACCAAGAAUCCGUCAUCGCAUCCACGAACCCCAACCGCGUGACCUGGGCCUCUGGCAGCAUCAAUGUCCCCGGUUCUCCCCAAACAAAAUCCGAAGGCGGAUACCCAUAUAUCGAUAACAACGAGACUCCAGGUUGCGAAGCCAACGAUUUUAACUGCUACCCCUUGACCUGGAAAACCACCGCCGAGUUCUACCAAGAUGCCGGCGUCUCUUGGUCCAUCUACCAAGACGCCGAUAACUUUGACGACAACCCCUUAGCCUGGUUUGGGCAGUUCCAAGAAGCGUUGACAGGGUCCCCGCUCAGCACAAAGGGCAUGGUAGGACAGAGUCUCGAUGAUUUCUACGCUCAAGCAAAGAACGGGACGCUCCCUGCAAUCUCAUACAUCAUUGGCCCCGCCGAGCUGUCCGAGCAUCCGCCCUACUCACCGCGCGAUGGCGCCUGGCUGCAAAAGAAGAUCGUCGACGCUGUCACUCAAGGGGCAGGCUACGCCAAGACCGCGCUCAUCAUCUCCUACGACGAGACAGGCGGAUGGGGCGACCACGUUACGCCCUUCCACUCCCCGUCCGGCACCGCAGGGGAAUGGCUCAACGACCCGUAUAACCUCGCAGGGUAUACCUAUUCUGGGCCUGGGUUCAGAUUACCGUUUUACAUCGUGUCUCCUUGGACGAGAGGCGGACACGUCUUCACCGAGCACGCGGACCACAACUCUCAGAUCCUGUUUAUUGAGAACUGGCUUGCUGCUAAGGGAAAGAACGUAGUUACCAAUCAAAUGGUGCCGUGGAGACGGAACAACAUGUCUCCUCUACUCAACGCUUUCGAUUUCGCAAAUCCGGAUUUCUCGAUUCCGGACUUACCAGAUGCUCCGGUGCCGCAUAUGACUGCGGACGGUGUGUACGACGGGAGCAGUUACUGCGAGUCUCUGUACGCUGUCACGAGACCGCAAGUGCCGUAUGCCUCUCAGGUUGCACCCGAUAAGGUGGGCAGUUUCAGUGAGCCGGGUUUCAAGGAGAUGAGGGGCGCGUUGACCGAGGGUCGAUACAUCGUUUUCGAGUUUGGAGGGUAUGCUCUUACGAAUGCCGGGAAACCGGCGAGGGAUUUUACCGCGACUAAGGCGUCGAGUGCGCAUAGUGAUUUGGCGCAGAGAUGGGUGGUGCACGCGUUGGCUACCGCGGGAAGUGAGUUUACGAUCAGUAGUGCCAGGGAUGGGAGAUAUAUUGGGGCGCAUACGGGGCUGAUUAAUAGUGCGAGUGGGGCGGAGAUUUACACUGUUGAAUUUUUGGCGGGCGAAGGGUAUGCGUUGAAGAAGGAGAAUGGGAAGUACGUUACUGUUGAUGGCAGUGGGAAUGUGCAGAUUGCUGGCGAUGCUUCUUACUUCAAGGCGUAUAGUGUUACGUAUUCGAACUAG